GAGAGAGAGGGAGAGAGAGAGAGGGAGAGAGAGAGAGAGAGAUUCGAAGACAGUCAGUUGUGGAUCAGUAAUACUAAUGUACCGACACACGAACACACACAGAAGGAAUGGGUCGCGUUUGGUUUCUACGCACAGUUCUACUUUUAUUCGUCUUACCUGGAGGAUGGUUUAAACCUGUUAUCACUCCCAAUGCUACCCAUCUGGUGAUACCUAAAGGUGGACAGCUGGAACUCAGGUGUCAUGAUGAUGCAGAGAUGAGCAAGGUGCGAUGGAAGCGGGAAAAAAAUCGGAAAAUCGAUGGAGGGCUAAAAGAAGAUGGAGUCAGUGUCAUCCUCCUCUCCUCCACACAGGUCCAGCAUAUGGGUCGUUACACCUGUGAAAACACAGAAACGGAAGAGAAGAGCUCCAUCUAUAUCUAUGUGAAAGAUUUGGAGAACCCUUUUGUGCGCUCCAUGUUGGAUGGCCUUUUGGUGAGGGAAGGAGAGGAUGGCACUGUUCCUUGUUUAGUAACAGAUCCAGCUGUCAAUCACCUGUCCCUUCUGCCCUGUACUGGCUCUGCUCUACCAGCUGGACUCACUUACAUCGCACACCCUCAGAGAGGGAUCACCAUCAGAAACGUCUCCAAAGCUUUUGAGGGCUGCUACGUUUGUACAGGAGAGAUGGAUGAAAAACCUGUGAAAUCAAGCCAGUAUAACUUGGGGGUGCGGCUAGUUCCAGAGACAGUGCCAGUGAUCAGCCUAUCUACAAUCGAAAAUGUGGUUCUGAUCCAGGGUCAGGAAUUUGUGCUCAAUUGUAACACCAUCAACAUCAACCAUGAUAUCAGCCUGAGCUGGAGUAUCCCAUCCGAAGCGAUAGCAAAUCACAGCCACAAAUCAAACAUCCUGCCUGGUUCUGGAGAAUAUAAACUCUCAAUAGGACUGUCGAUCGAAUCUGUGAAGAUGACUGACUCAGGAGUCUAUCGCUGUGUUGCGAGGAAUGAGAAGGGUGUCUCUGAGGCAACUGUCAGUCUGGAGGUUUACGAGCAUGGUUUCAUUAACCUCACGGAGGGAGAGGACAGUGUGAUGGAGGUGAGAGAGGGAGAAAGUCUGACCCUCAGCGUGGAAAUGACCUCAUACCCCAGACCCACAGAAGUCUACUGGACCUAUAACAACCAACAGCUCAAAAACACAUCUGAACAUGUCAUUACACUACACAACCAGCAGUACAGGUUCAUGAGUGAACUACGGCUGGUUCGAGUUCAUGGAUCAGAGGGCGGGAUCUACACUUUCUCAGCCUAUCACAUGUAUGCAUCUGUCAAUCGGUCAUUCACCGUCCAUGUUAUAUGUAAACCAGUGAUAGUUUCCCAGGAGGGGCCUGUUGAUGGACAGGUGCGGUGUGUUGCUUCAGGAUAUCCUGUCCCAAAAAUAUCUUGGUAUUACUGCGAGCCACCACAUGCACGGUGCUCCAACCUGUUAAAUGCGACGCAGGCAGAUGAGGAGUUCACCUUUGUCACAGUGUCAGGGCCAGAAUUUGGACGAAGUGAGGUGGAAAGUCGACUUAAUGUCACCAAAGGAAAAUUUCACACUCUUGAGUGUGUGGCAACAACACAGGGAGAACAGGCCUACACUCUCUUUUCCAUCAGAGAGAGAACAGUGCCCCAUAAACUCUUCACACCUCUGCUGUCCUGUGUUGUGUCCACUGCUGUUCUGCUCAGCAUCUUUUUGGUGGUUUUGCUCUACAAAUACAUGCAGAAACCCAAAUAUGAGAUCCAUUGGAAAGUGAUUGACAGUUUUGAUGGCAACAAUUAUACCUACAUAGACCCAACGCAGCUGCCUUAUGACCCCAAAUGGGAGUUUCCACGGGAGAGACUGCGCUUUGGUAAAAUCCUCGGCUCUGGAGCAUUUGGUAAAGUGGUGGCAGCUACAGCGUAUGGACUUUGCUCAGCUGACACAGUGACCACGGUUGCUGUAAAAAUGCUAAAACCGAGUGCUCACUCCACUGAGAAAGAGGCUCUAAUGUCGGAGUUAAAAGUUCUGAGCUUCAUUGGCAACCAUAUAAACAUCGUCAAUUUGCUUGGUGCCUGUACAGUAGGAGGCCCCACUCUGGUGAUCACAGAAUACUGUUGCUAUGGCGACCUGUUGAACUUCCUCAGAAGAAAGCGGGAUGCGUUUUUCAGUUCCAAAACAGGUGAUGGAUAUUACAAAAAUCUGCUCAGCCAAACUCAGCCUUCUAGAGAGGGCACUGAUAAUGGAUACAUGCCUAUGAGGUCGUAUCAGAAGAGAUCCAAUCAGACAGAAUGGUGUGAUGAUAAAGACGAUCUCUCUUUGGAUACUGAGGAUUUACUCAGCUUCUCAUAUCAAGUGGCUAAAGGCAUGGACUUCCUCACGUCCAAAAAUUGCAUCCACAGAGAUCUGGCGGCCAGGAACGUACUACUGACUCAGGGUAGAGUAGCAAAGAUAUGUGAUUUCGGUUUGGCACGUGACAUCACUAGAGAUUCCAACUACGUCCUGAGAGGAAAUGCACGUUUACCGGUGAAAUGGAUGUCCCCAGAGAGCCUGUUUGCUUGUGUGUACACUUUUGAGAGCGACGUCUGGUCCUACGGCAUCUUAUUGUGGGAGAUCUUCUCUCUGGGUAACACGCCAUAUCCGGGUAUUCCAGUUGGAUCCACAUUCUAUAAGAUGAUUCAGGAUGGAUACAGAAUGAGUGAGCCGGAGUUUGCCCCAAGUGAAGUUUAUGAGGUGAUGAGAUGGUGUUGGAGUGCUGACCCUCUGAAGAGACCAACCUUCAAGAAACUGGUGGAAAGGACUGAACUCCUGCUGUCGGAAAUCACCAAACGCGAUUACUUGAAUCUCAGCACUAGCGGCAGCUGUGACUGUGAGGUGUUUGUUCCUCCAGACCUGCAGAGGGCACAAAGGCUGAGUUCUGUGGGCAGCUCGACAGCCUCAACUCAACCCCUCCUGCAGGCAACAAAUGAUGUUUUUCUGGAACAUCAGAGCAUAUAAAUGACGUCUCCUUCUUUGUUUUGCCUCAAAAUCACCAUUAUCUCAAUAUGUUUGACCUAAAAGCCUUAUAUUCCAUUGAACUUUAACUGUGGCAUUUAAGGGCACCUCCUGCUCUCUGUUUGGUCAAAGCAACUCCAUUAGCCUUGUCUUCCAUUAUAUUUCAAAUUGCUCAAGAUACAGCAUGUCCAGCCAUGUAACUGUUAAUGUAUUUUUCUAAAUGCAGCAGGGCUCCAUUAUAUGGUAUUGAUCUGCAUGGUAUUUUGAGUGCAUGAGCAGCUACCAUGGCCAGGCAAGCAUUUAGAUAUAGAACCUAAUGUUACCUCAUCAGACAAAUGACCGGCUCUACUGGUGACAUCAUCGUGUAGUGACUCUGUGAUGAUGAUGUUGUACAUCUUUUGUCUUUGACCGGGUGAACAACUGCAAGAACAGCUUGACUGAACAGUUAAUGGUAUUGAUAAUGAACCCAAGGUGAGUCCUGUUUAAUGUGUCACUAUCUGAAGCACUUAAUACCAAUAAAUGAAGGUUCUUGUUCAUGCAUCUGUACUGUUUUCAGCAUGUGAUAACACUUAAGUGAAUGUUAUAAUGCAUUGUUUUAUCUAUGAGAUCCCCAUCUCAACUUCAAGUUUACUGGUAUAAAAGUCAUAUUUAAUAGCAGAGAAAAGAUACCUAGGAUGUGUUUACAUUGUUUUUUUGUUUUGAUUUUUAUUUUGAAUUGAACAUUUGAGCGGUUGAAUAUGUAUAUAUACACACAAGUUAAAUGUUUGUUAUUGUGCAAUAUGAGAUAAUCAUAUUUGGAUUGAACAUUGUUUCUUGUAAUAACUGACUAUGUUCCACUUCAAAUGUGGCUAAUUUGGCUACAUUAGCUGGCAUAAAACAUAAGAUUUUGUUCUCGAAGCAUGCUUAAAAGAUUAUAAACAUAUCAGACAUCUGCUAUUAACAUGCUAAUUAUUCCAGUUAUUCCAAAAAGAAUCCUGCCAACUAAGCCAUGUUUGAAGGAUGGAAUGUUGGCCUCAAAAAAGAAUAAUUGACAAGUAACUACUAUAUUCGACUCUGUAAAAAUCUAAUGUGUCAGCUAUUUUUUCAACUUUUAGAGUGUUAUGUCAGAAGAAAAAGGCCAGUAGGGAAUGAUGUGACUUUUUAUAUGGAAUGAAAUAAAAAAAAUCGAAAGUGUCUAAAGGAUCUAUUGUAUGGAUUAAUUGUGCAAUUCCUUAAAAGCUAUGCAAUGUUUUGAUAAUAAAAUACAAUGGCGUUUGUUUCAAUGUCCCCCUUCUAAUUUGGACCAUCUGAACUAGCUCAACCAAUGGCAUAAGUUUUGGGUGGGACUACCUUUUUGUCUGGCCAGUGACGGACAACAGGAGCACUCAGAAACUAGUUUGUAAAAGUAAUUAUUUAGGCAAUUCUAUUCAGCAAUGUAAUCAGUCACCUAAAUAAGUCACCUGAUUUAAACAAUUCUUGAAGCAGAUAUUUUAGUAGAGAAUGUGAAUAACACGAAUUGCUUCGUUUCAAGAUUAAAUAUUGUAGAGGGAAAAUGACUGACAGAGGAUGGUUCCUACAAAUGAACACUGAAGGUAAUAUGAUCUGCAAGCAGUUAUUUGCGGUAACAUGGUUUUGUACUGAAGUGCACAGCAGUUCAAAAUGAACAAAAUGAACACAUUUUAUGGUUAAACACCUUAAGACUUGUUUAUUUUACUCCUUUGAUGAUUCGUUAUUUUAUCAUCAUUCACUCAACCGAUUUUCAUCAGGCCAAACACUAAUCAAAUGUCUGGGGCUACAACCACAUAACCAUCAUAUUCUGAAAGUGCAAUUCAUUUUUUUUAUACAGAAAAAACAACAACAAAAAUGGAUACAGAAGGUUAAAAUGUUCAGCAUCCUUAUCAGUUCAGUUCUCUCUUCAACCUGUCAGUAGCUUUUUUUGGGUAGGAAAUGUAUUUUUAAGUAAUUUUUGAUUGUACACACUAUGCCAAAAACUGGUUCAGUAACAACAUCACAAUUGUGCGUCUCAGUACACCGUAAAAUCUUAUGAAUCGCACAACAACACUAUGAAAGAGAAUUGGACAGAUGAGGGAAAGGUGGGCGUCUACUUUGUGGGAAUUUAAACUAAAAAAAAUCAACAAUAUCAAAAUAUUUUCAGCUGGAACUCGUCUUUUAACAGUGUUACAGGUCUAUACACAGCAAUACUGUUUAACAAGGAAGUCUUUUGCCAUAUGAAAAUAAAUUCGCUUUGAAUACUUCAUAUAUAAAACCAUUUCUGAGGUAUAUAGCGAACAAGUCAAUGGGGAAACAUCUAGAAUGCUUUGAUACUGCAACGCAAGAACUGAUUGGCCAUCGCUGGGGUUAAUACACACAGUAAUAACCUACACAGCGAUACUGGAAGAGUCAUAAACUAUUAUUGACAUAAUAACUGGCACUUUAAAUUCUCUCUCUCUCUCUCUCUCUCUCUCACACACACACACACACACACACACACACACUUAAAAGGAAGAUCACUCUUAACUUUAAGACUCUACAGCUGCACAAUAACCCUGGUUCGGUUUGAAUUACAACUUUGGAAAUCAGACUAGGAAGAGGAUGAUAUAAUUAUUAUUUUCCUGAAAAUGGGAUUUAAAAGCUCCACAGUACUCCAGACCGUCCUCACAGUCACACCUAUAGAAAUGCUGUGCCCUGAAUGUGGCUUCUUGCAUAGCUCCCAAAAUUAUAAGGGAGAACAAAGCAUCGAUGAAUGAGGAUUUGAAAGCUUAUUCAAGGUGUGCAAGAUAUACAUGUACCGUCCACGCACACAAACUUAAAAGACCAUUAUUAGAAGGAUGGACUAUUUUAGUGUGUAUGAACACAGUAAGUGCUACAAGUAAGGGGAAAGGUGCACAAAAACUUUUUAGUCGACUACUGUGACUAAAAAGCAAAUGAACAUUCAACUACAUUUGAAAAGUAGAUCGUUUUUAAGUGCCAAAGUUGAGAUAAUUUGAUUAAAAACGGUCAAAUUUGAUUGUUGUGCAUCAAAUGUCUAAGAUAAUAAAAAAAAAAAAAAA